UAAAGAUGUAUCCCUCUUCAGUCAACAAUGGAUUUGACCCACCAAGGACUACUAUUUCUGGUAGCUACUACAAUGAAUCAAACCAUUCAAAUGAGUACCCACAAGAACAUUAUCAUACUCCAUCUUCUUCUUCCUCUUAUCUCCAUCCAUCCCCACACAUUCCUUUAGAAGAUGAAGCCGUGUUUUGCGAGUUUUUUCAAAGACAGCAAUUCUUUUGGAACGGUCAUAACUACGAUAAUAAUCAUAACGUCAUUCUACCUCAAGAGAUGGUCACUACUACAAAUGGAGAUUCUCCUAUGGGAGAAUGUAGUUACAAUAACGGACAAGUCGUUACGAUGAACGAUGGAGACGAAUUUAAUACUCGUGUCAUGGAGCAUCAGAUUAGUAGUAGCGGUCCAAUGAAAACGGCUUCUAAAAGAGACCGUCAUAGCAAAAUUAACACGGCUCGAGGCCCUAGAGAUCGAAGAAUGAGGUUGUCCCUUGAUGUUGCUAAAAAGUUGUUUGGGUUACAAGACUUGUUAGGGUUUGAUAAGGCUAGCAUGACGGUUGAUUGGUUGCUAAACAAAUCGAAAACCGCUAUUCUUGACCUCCUUCCUGAUCACAGCUGUAGCUUUAUGGAUGUCUCCAAUAACAGUGCAUCCUCUACUUCAGAAUGUGAGGUUGUUUCUGGAACCGGUGAUCAGUCCGUCGUAAAGAGUGCUGGAGUAGAUGAUCAAGACAUUAGUAAAAAUAAGGUAAAGGACUCUUCUGAAAGUAUCAAAAAACCAAAAGAGAGAAUUAGUAGAGUGGUUAAGAGAUGCGCAGAUUUUCAUCAUCCUGUUGCUAAAGCAUCUAGAGAAAAGGCGAGAGAGAGGGCGAGAGAGAGGACGAUUUUAAAGAAAUAUAACAAGCCCGUAGAUCAGUUCGGAUCUUGGAGCGUUGGUGAAUUCGAUCAAAUAAGCUCCAGCUUUCGGUUUCAGCAAGGUUUUGUUGCUGAUAAUGCUUCACUGUUGAUGACUGGAAAUUGGAGCCCAUCCUAUUCUUUCAAUAUCCAACAAAGUCCUGGACAAACACAUGAGAUGAUUGGUAAAGCAUGGGAAGGCAACAGCAAUUAGGUCAGUGUUACUUGUUCAUAUAAUUACCAGUAAAUUUAUCUAUCUGAUGGCCGGAGGCAAAUUGUGUUAUAUGUAUUAGAUUAGACUACUGGUACUGCUUGAUCUUUGCGACGUUUACUGAUUGUAAAAUACUUGCUUAGAUUGAUUUUGUUGAAGGAUAAAUAAAACUAGCUAUUAGUUCAAUUGUAAACUAAUUCAGCUUCUGAUAUUAUUGUCUU